AGAGGGAGAGAGAGAGAGACUUUUCUAGCCGUAGCUCGAGGCUUUACUGGAUUACAAAUUCAGCAGUGCACAGUGCUGAGGACAGACAGAUACAGAGACAGAGACAGAGACAGAGUAGGGCUGGUGCCGCUGGUCGCCCUGGCUACACCAUCUUCCCAAGCUUGUGGUCACCCUGUAGGAACAGUCCCAGCGAGCCUGGCAGGCUUACUGGAGAAUGGAAGGCAAUAUGUGACUGCUAGAUGUCACCAGUAGAAAGGAGCAGUAUGCUUCACUUUCACCUGACAUUACUGCUUUGCAUUUCUUGCUCACUGCCCGGCCCUCUGCAUGGUUGGUUUCCCUUCGGUUCUAACCCUCAGACUGCAGCACCACCGCAGAACAACUCUGACAAGGGGGGGACUAAUUCUUGGAACCCCUUGGCAUCUGUGAGCAAUGGAAUUGCAGUGCCCAAUCCAUUAUCACUAUUUCCCUUCAAUCCAUGGGGUAAGGCUGUGGACACACCCAUAGCAACUACCCCAGAGGUCUCUACACACUAUCCCUCCUCACCAACUCCCAGAUUGAGGACCACAUUGCCCAGGAAGACAGGGACUGUGACCCCCACACCCCAUAAUACAGUGCCCAACUAUUUCCCAGCUAAUUCCAAUGGGACAUACAAACUUCCAGAUAACACAUCAAGUCAAUCCAGUCAUGUACCCAUUCAGACAAGCACUGCCCCGACUCCUUCAUUUCAGCCGACCCAGACAACAUCACUUCAUGAAACAUCAUACAGCCUCCCCAUACAAGGUACAAAGUCUUAUCUCACAGGAACAAAAUCUCUUUCGCCCUUGCUCAGGACCAGACCACCAACAGUUAAAAAGAAACCUGUUUCUGACCUUGACUUGGACUUAUGGCCACCGAAUAACACAAGCCAGAAAGAAGUCCUCCAAAGCACAUCUGAAAUCCAUAGUAGUAACAACCAAGAAGACUGGACAACCACUGACAUUACUUCCAAAGCUGGAAGUACGGCCACAAGCAUGACACACGGUCUUCAGAGCGAUCCAACGCCAAACUCCCCAUUUGGAUUUUCACCUUCUUCUUCAUCAUCAUGGAGUCCAUUACAAACAGAUGGGCCAACUCCCGCUGCACAAACUAUUCCAAAGACAGCACCUGUCAGUACAAGCUCUCCUACAACCCAUGCGAAGGGUUAUAUUACACUAGUAUCACAACCAGCGGUCACUAUUACUCAACAGUUUGAGGAUACUGGAUCUAAAGAGGAUGAGCACCAACCUCAGGAGGGAGUUAGACCACCCAAAGGAGAGGGGAUGGGAGCGGUGCCAGAGUUUACCCCGACACCUUGGCCAGGAGACAUGUCUAAUGACAUCACUGUUACCAUGGAUCCCACUCAGACGGAUGGACCUGGAAAAGUGUUGUGGUCACCUGGCAUCAUACCAUGGCAACCGAAUGCUGAAGUCACACCCUCAUCAACGGAGGACUGGAGGACUGGUCCAACAGGCAGUGAAAUUUCUCUGCUACCAGACUGCAACACGGAGCGUUCUGGAAUCUGCAAUACCACCGAUAACUGGGCCCCCAUAUUCCCUACUCACAAGGACACUGCGAACACCACCACAUUGGUCUACAACCAGUCCAGUAAUGCCCUCCUGGUGCCAGCCUCGCCCAUGCUUGUAGCUCUCCACUCUGACUGGAACAGUGCCAUGGCAACUUGGGGCCUGGCUUGGGAGGCGCAUGUUUACGGCCUGGGCGUGCUGUUCUCUCUGGUCGCCCUCGCUUCUGCACUGAACCUGCUCUGUCUGCCUCUGCGCUGCCCCUCAGGAUGUGGCUACUUUGCUCUGGUCAGCAUCUUCCUGCUGGCGGCUGGCGGCAGCAGAGCCUUUGCCCUGCUGUACGACGCCUAUGGGCACCAGGACCGACUGGCCUCCGCCGAGGCCUCCCUGGUGCUGUACGAAGCUCCCUUCCCCUGCCUGACUGCAGCGUUCGGCCUGGUCUUUCUCCUGCUCUCCAUGCGCUCCAGGAUGCAGCUCUCCUACUCAGCCUUCCAAAGGCCCUGCUGUCUGGCCUGCCUGGUGCUGCUCCACUUCACGGCUGCAUUCGGCCCCAUGACCCUCCUCAGCACAGACGACCAGCAGGGGGCGUCCCUGUGCCUCUUCCUCUCCCUGGUCUCCAGAGGGGCUUUCGUUGCCCUGGCUUCAUUUCUGUCUGCUGCUUACUUUGUGUUCUACUGUUACGUACGCGCCGACUCCAAGCACAUAUACCACCUCAACAACACCUCCCCCACUCCAGCCGAGCGCUACAACCGCUGUCCCUUUGCAGAGAGCCGUGACUGGGAGCGAGCAGCGGCUGCAGUCUUCCUCUCGGCGGUCCUCUCCCUAGCCUGUGCUGGCCUGCAGCUCUACGCCAUGCUUCAUGCCAUGGGGUUUGCUGGUGGUCCGGAGGUCUUUACGCCCUGGCCCUGGUGGUCGUUUCAGCUCAGCUGUCGGAUCUGUGAGGCUGGAGUGUGCCUCACCCUGGCCCUGGUGGUGGCACAGCCUGUUUACUGCUCCGACCACCUGCCACAGCCGGGGAACUGCUGGACAGAACUACUGGCUGCCAAAUCUCCCAUCCUUCCAGGGAGCUACCACUGGAACUUGAACCACCAAGAGAAGCUGGCCAUCUGUGACACUAUUGGACACGGGGAGACAGAGUGCCUUCCUCUGUAUUCACUGGUUGAUGAGCGAAUGGGUAGCAGUCUAAAUGGGCUAGACCUUUUAUAUCAUAGCAACCGUGCCCUGGCCUAUCGAGAUUUUGACCUUGACCCACCUGGUGCGGUUCCAGACACGAGGGAGUCAUCCUGUGGCAGUGACUCCACCACUGACCUCCGACCCCCGUCACCCAUCAACCUGCGGCGCAGCAUCGACGAGGCUCUCUUCAGCGAGGACCUCUUUCCCAUGAGCCUCUUCAGUCCUCUCAGGCCCUUCAGCUUCAGCUUCGGCCCUGAUUACUCCGUGUCCACGCGUGACACCCUGAUGGCUCAGUCCAGCUGCACCCUGCCACUCCGGGAGAACCUCCCCUCAGACCCAGGUCUCUUCCGGACCUCCUCCUGUAUGGAGAUCCUCCCCCAAGCCUCUCACCCCAACCAUGCCCAAAAGGAAGCCUCCCAGAUGGGCUUAGCACCUUCCCGUUCCCCCUCCCCUGCGUCGUCCUCCUGCUGUUCCUCCCCUGAAGGCUGGCGCGGAGGGUCCAGCACCUCUUCUCUGUACAGGCCGUCUCUGGCUGGCUCAUCCUUAGUCCUCUGCUCCAGUCCUGAGUUGAACCCCCGGCCUUCGUCUCUCAGCAGCAGCUCGGGGCGUGCACUGCCCUCGGACCACCAGAGACAGUACCGCAAUCUGGACUUGGCUUCACAGGAUAGCCUAGACAUGCCUUCAGAGCUGGAUCAAUCUGUCCAGGAAGAGUUUAAAAGUGUGUGCAGACAGAUAGACGCACUGAGCAUCUGUAGCGAAACCAUUGACUUGUAAAGGGUGCAUUUAGUUUCUACAUGUACACUGACACAAAUAAGCACAGAAUUAAGAAGAAAACUAUGUAUAAAUACGGUAAUGUAGAAGUGAAUGAAUCAAUAGACGGUCAAAAGUGCUAAAGCAAGGAUCGUUUGAGUGUUGAAUGAAGGCUCUUACCAAAUGUAAAGGUGGAUUGUAUGCCUACAGUUCAUAGUGCAGUCUAGCUUGUCUAAUUAACAUUAAUGUAGACUAAAGAUCUGUUAAAAAUGUUAAAAUUUGGUUUGGACAAGGAUUUUAAACUUAGGGUGUCUUUGCAGUUGUCAUAUGUUGGGUACAAAGCGUGUGUCUUGUCCUUUCUUUCUUAUCGGGGAGAUACUUUCGAGCUUAAGGAGCUCUUAAGAUGUUCCUCAGUCCAUGAACCCACACCUAAAAUUUUCAGACACAAACAAUUUUUUACAAAAACAUUUUACAGGUUAAUACAUCUCUAGAUUGCUCAGAUAGGAAGACUGAUGCAGGUGAAUUGUACGUGCAUAGAGUGCCACAAAGUUCUGAAAGCCAAGAAUAAUUUUGUAAAAAGUUUGUAAAAUGUAAAACUGUAGGAUGCCAACAUUUGUAAACUUUUUUGAAAGUUUCAGAUAAGUGUGAUUGUUGAGAAUUGUAAACCUGUUUGUACAAAACAUUUUUAUAUUCUACAUAAAGAAUACUGUGACUGAAUAACUACUGAAAUAUUAUAUACAUUUAAAUUGUAAUAGAAUUGAAAGGCAUCAUCACACUUUAUAUAAAUAUACAUAUUUAAUGCACUACAGGUAAAAUUACUUCAUUUUAGCUUUGUAUGCUUUCAUACUGCUUGACAAUAGUGUUGCUUUGCUUCAUAGAGAAGACAUGUACAAUAUUUUGUCGCAUUAUAUCGCCCCCUUCUGGUGGCAUUGGGAACAUGCUGCCAAAAACAGGCAGCUAGAUUUGCAUUGACUGUACUCUCAGAUGGGUCAUACCUUUGAAUAUGAAUGAUGUGCUAAUUGUCUGCCAAAAUUUAUAAUGUCCUCUUAAUAUUCUUAGCCAAAAGUAACAAAGAUGUGAAUUUCUACAUUUUUAGUGUGCAUGUUAUUUUCUAGACCUGCUGGUGAAAGGCCAUAUUGAAAGGAUAUCAGUGAUGCCAACUAAUGGAUUCAUUGCAAAUAUAAUAAAAUGCUAAAUCUUCCAA